UCAAAGCCGAAAAUGGUGGUUGUUGCGGAAGUAAGAGUGAGCUUAUUCAGCUUUUUGCUGUGCUCCUCUGUUAUGUUACUACCGUUGUUACCAAAACUUAAUGCAAAAGUAUCAUUUUUCAUUCAUGAAUAUUGGUUAUAUUUAUUAUUGUGUUAUGGGAUUCUUUCACUUGCAAUUUUGCGAUUAGUUUACAGAGCACCUAUUUCUAGUCAGGUUGCACUACGUGCAGGAAGCAUUGGUUUUGGAUUUGGCCUGGGCUUUCUCCUCAGUUUGUACAGUGCACCGUGGCGGGUGUUUGGCUGGUACAUGAUGGUCCUGUGCUUUUUUCACUUCUCCGAGUAUUUCGUCACGGCGUGGAUCAAUCCGAGAAGUCUAAGCCUCGACUCGUUUCUCCUGAAUCACAGUGUUGAGUAUGGAAUUGCCGUAGUGGCGGGAAUAACGGAAUAUGUCAUCGAGCUUUUUAUCAUACCAGGUAUAAAACAAGUGAGCAUUUUCAGUGUGGUCGGUCUUUUGAUAAUCAUCGCUGGGGAAGGCCUUCGCAAACUGGCGAUGUUCACUGCCAGGAGCAACUUCAACCACAUUAUUCAGACGUACAAGGAGAGAGACCACGUGCUCGUUACCCACGGCAUCUACAAGUACAUGCGACAUCCAUCGUACGUCGGCUGGUUCAUCUGGACGUUAGGAACGCAGCUGAUGCUAUGCAACCCUAUCUGUCUUGUUGCCUACACGCUAGCCUCAUGGCGAUUCUUCAAGGAGCGCGUGAUCGAGGAGGAGAUCACACUACUCAACUUUUUCGGGGAGGACUACAUUGACUAUCAGAAAGCCGUGCCAACAGGGCUGCCGUUCAUCAAAGGUUACCGGUGGGAGCUGUAGCAGAGAGACAUGACCGAGGGUUACUGCUGGUAGCUGUAGCAGAGAGACAUGACCGAGGGUUAUAGGUGGGAGCUGUAGCAGAGAGACAUGACCGAGGGUUAUAGGUGGGAGCUGUAGCAGAGAGACAUGACCGAGGGUUAUAGGUGGGAGCUGUAGCAGAGAGACAUGACCGAGGGUUAUAGGUGGGAGCUGUAGGGGAAAGACGCUACGCUUGGCAGUGGUUAGACGUGACGAGGUUUCAUGGAGAUUCGGAGCUGGCCAGCUACUGACUCGUGUAGGGGGGUGUGGGAAAGCAGCUCUAGACAUGUCGCAUUUGUGCGUGCGUGGACCCUUGUAAAUGUUCGUGCAAUUGUUUUGUGAUCGAUUGAUACGAGAGGGUCAACCAGUUUUCUACCGGGUGCGUCGAGGUAGAAACACAUUUGUGUGAUCAUUAAAGAUCGCGCAUGAUAGAGUUUCUGUUCUCCCCGCGUGUUGAAGUGUGGUUAUCGCGGAAGGUACAGCGUACUGGAGUAAGUAGAGACACAUGUACAUUACCAAAAUACUCUCACCUGCCUGAAUGUGCAAUCUGUUCAAUAAUGUUGCAAAUCCAACGAAACUGAUGCUCGCUGUGUGUAGGGCACGUGCUCUGUGAACCAGCAUUUCUCAAAGGUGUUGUAUGUUGUAAAUUUGUGCUGUUCAUAGUUUUUAUCGUAUAUUUUUGUAUGCUUGUCCUCCUUUGCGUUUAACCACAGUGUAAACCGUUGUUUAAAUGACAUUGUUACUGAUACCUGGACCAGUGGUUCAUGUUCAAUGAAAGAAAGGAAUAUGCAAGUGCGGUUGUUACGGUUUGUGUUGGAAUACGAAGGAUUGCCAAUAGCUGUGAUGUUUAGCUAAUAAUUUUCGUGAGUGAUAUCUGUGACUAGAGGCCAAGCAAUUUUAAAACUAUUUAUACUGAAAAAAGAACAAUGUUCAACAGCCGUCAUGAAUUUACACAUUCUAAUUUCUCAUAUAAUAAAUGGAUUGAUUUUUCAGCUUGAAUUAGUCACUUCUUGGCUUUGUUAAACCUCAAUAAAACACUUUAUUUAUUAAGCAGAAA